UAUGUAUGAUACUUGUGAGGCCAACCUGUUCCCGUGCACUGUAGUCCGUGAACAAUUCUGGGCAAGGACGUGCAAGAAAAACUCACCCGUUAUGGAAGCAGCAACCGCCAACAUUUUCCACCUUAGCCUCACCUUCUUCUUCAUGGUCCUCCUUACUCUCGGAACAUCUGCCGCCGGCGUUGCAUCGGACACUCUGAGCAAUGGCCGCAACCUCACUGACGGCAACACGCUCGUGUCGGCCGGUGGCUCCUUCACUCUGGGCUUCUUCUCACUCGGCUUGCCAAACAGGAGAUACCUCGCGAUAUGGUUCUCCGAGUCCGCGGACGCCGUCUGGGUGGCCAACCGUGACAGCCCACUGAACGACACCGCCGGCGUACUGGUUAACAAUGGCGCGGGCGGGCUCGUCCUACUCGACGGCUCCGGCAGGGCCGCCUGGUCGUCGAACACGACUGGCAAGUCUUCAUCAGCGACGGCGGCGCAGCUGCUGGAGUCCGGAAACCUCGUCGUGCGCGAGCGCGACCAGCUGAACACCGGUGUCUUCAUCUGGCAGUCGUUCGAUCACCCGUCGAACACACUGAUCGCCGGCAUGAGGCUCGGCAACAACCGGCAGACCGGCGACGCGUGGUUCCUCUCGUCGUGGCGCGCGCACGACGACCCGGCGACGGGAGACUGCCGCCGCGUGCUGGACACGAGGGGGCUCCCGGACUGCGUCACGUGGUGCGGCGGCGCCAAGAAGUACCGGACGGGGCCAUGGAACGGGCAGUGGUUCAGCGGCGUCCCGGAGAUGGCGUCGUACGAAUCCAUCUUCUCGAGCCAGGUGGUGGUCACGCCCGACGAGAUCGCCUACGUCUUCACCGCCGCCGCCGCCGCCGGCUCCCCCUUCUCCCGCCUCGUGCUGGACGAGGCCGGCGUGACCGAGCGCCUCGUGUGGGAUCCCAGCAGCAAGGUGUGGAUCCCGUACAUGAAGGCACCGCGCGGCGUGUGCGACGACUACGCCAAGUGCGGCGCGUUCGGGCUGUGCAACGAGGACACCGCGUCGACGCUCUUCUGCAGCUGCAUGGCGGGGUUCAGCCCGGUGUCCCCCUCGCGGUGGUCCAUGAGGGAUACCUCCGGUGGGUGCCGGAGGAACGCGCCGCUGGAGUGCGGCAACGGGAGCACCACGGACGGGUUCGUGCCGGUGCGCGGCGUGAAGCUCCCCGACACGGACAACGCCACGGUGGACACGGGCGCCACGCUUGACGAGUGCAGGGCGAGGUGCUUGGCCAACUGUUCCUGCGUCGCCUACGCCGCCGCGGACAUCAGCGGCCGCGGCUGCGUCAUGUGGAUCGGCGACAUGGUUGAUGUUCGUUAUGUGGACAAAGGGCAGGACUUGCAUGUGAGAUUGGCAAAGUCUGAACUAGUUAACAAUAAGAAGAGGACUGUGGUAAAAAUUAUGCUCCCACUUACAGCAGCAUGUUUGCUUCUGCUGAUGAGCAUAUUCCUUGUAUGGUUAUACAAGUGCAGAGUCCUGUCAGGCAAACGUCAUCAGAAUAAGGUUGUCCAGAAGAGAGGGAUUCUAGGAUACUUGAGUGCAUCAAAUGAACUUGGAGAUGAAAAUUUAGAGCUCCCGUUUGUUAGUUUUGGAGAAAUUGCUGCUGCCACAAACAAUUUUUCUGAUGACAACAUGCUCGGACAAGGGGGCUUCGGGAAGGUUUACAAGGGAAUGCUAGAUGACGGCAAAGAAGUCGCAAUUAAAAGGCUUAGCAAGGGUUCUGGCCAAGGAGCAGAAGAGUUCAGAAAUGAAGUUGUUCUAAUUGCCAAACUGCAGCAUAGAAACCUCGUUAGACUUCUUGGUUAUUGUAUAUACGGAGAUGAGAAGCUGCUAAUUUACGAAUACUUGCCAAACAAAAGCUUGGAUGCUUUCAUUUUUGAUCAUGCAAAUAAAUAUGUUCUUGAUUGGCCAACAAGGUUCAAGAUAAUCAAAGGAGUAGCUAGAGGACUUCUUUAUCUCCACCAAGAUUCAAGGUUAACUGUAAUUCAUAGAGAUCUCAAACCAAGCAAUAUCUUAUUGGAUGUUGAUAUGAGUCCUAAGAUAUCAGAUUUUGGUAUGGCAAGAAUCUUUGGAGGCAACCAGCAUGAAGCAAAUACUAACAGAGUUGUUGGAACAUACGGUUACAUGUCUCCUGAAUAUGCAAUGGAUGGCGCCUUUUCAGUCAAAUCCGACACAUAUAGCUUUGGUGUUAUACUCUUAGAGAUUGUAAGUUGCCUGAAGAUUAGCUUGCCUCGGCUGACGGACUUCCCCAAUUUGUUAGCUUAUGCAUGGAACUUGUGGAAGAACGACAGGGCGAUGGAUUUGAUGGACUCAUCCAUUUCUAAGAGUUGCUCACCAACUGAAGUUUUACUAUGUAUCCAAAUAGGUCUAUUGUGCGUGCAAGAUAAUCCAAAUAAUAGACCACUCAUGUCUUCGGUUGUGUCCAUGUUGGAGAACGAGACCACAACGCUUUCAGCUCCUAUACAGCCUGUGUAUUUUGCACAUAGGGCCUUUGAAGGCAGACAAACAGGUGAAAAUAGCAUCAGCUUAUUAGAGGGACGGUAGGUGUUUAUGUUAUUUUUCUGCACGCUAAGUGCUUCCUUUAGGAGCACAUGGUGAAACAUGUAUAAUUGAUAUUUGGAGAGGAGUAGGACCGUAACAUAUGUGGCAUACAAUUGCAUUUUUUGUGAUGAUAAAAUUGAUUAUUUACCAUC